AUGGCGAGCACCGUUCACGUCCUCGAUGAUUACUAUCUCGCCAUCACCCUUCUCAUCACCGUCGCCUAUCAGCUCAUCUUCUUCGCCGUAGCAUUUACCUUCAAAUUCGACAAGUUAACAGACUUCGCCGGCGGCACCAACUUCGUCGUCCUAGCCAUUAUAACCCUCUCGUUCAGCGGCACUCCCGAUGCGCGCCAAAUAGUCGCCUCCCUCUUCAUCAUGGCCUGGGGCCUGCGCCUCUCGGGCUUCCUCCUCUUUCGCAUCCUGAAAACAGGCAAAGACGAUCGCUUCGACGACAAGCGCGAUAAGUUCUUUCCCUUCCUGGGGUUCUGGAUCUUCCAGAUGAUCUGGGUUUGGACCGUGUCGCUUCCCGUCACGAUUCUGAACUCGCCCAAUGUUCGGCAGUACCCGCAAGUGCCGUUUGGCACGGGGCGGGACGUUGCGGGCGUGGUUCUGUUCGCUAUUGGCUUCGUCAUGGAGAGCGUAAGCGACGUGCAAAAGUUUGUGUUUCGGCAGAGGAAUGACAAAAUGGCGAUUUGUGAUACGGGGUUCUUUUAUUUUUCCAGACAUCCGAAUUAUUUUGGGGAGAUCAUUAUUCAGUUUUCAAUUUACAUGAUCGCUGUCUCCGCCGCGGCAGAUGGUUAUGUCGGUGGGCAGGUAUUCAAAGCACUAUACGCCACCAUUGUGGGGCCCUUCUUCCUCACCAUAUUGCUCAUGUUCGUUUCGGGGCUCACUCUAUCGGAGAGGCCCGGAGCGAAGAAGCGAUAUGAGAACGACCACAACUGGGAGGGCUACAAGCGUUACCUCAGCCGGACCAGCAUCCUUAUCCCAUUCCCUCCAGAAAUCUACGAAUAUCUACCUAUAAUUAUCAAACGCACCAUAUUUCUCGAGUUACCAAUUUACGUGUUUGACCCGGCCAAGCACUCUGACGCUGCGAAAGGACAAAGACAGAACUCGGCCGAGGAGGGCCAGGGUGGCAAUCCGGGGAACCGGCAGAGUGGGGAAAGGCUGACGGAAAGUUAUUGA